AGUGGUGAACACUCUAGAAAACGAAAUUUUGCUCACAAACAUCAAUUUACCCUGUUAUUUCAUUCAAAGAAAAUAAACUGAAUACAUCAGUCAUGUUAUUCUAUUGCUAAAGAACAAAAAGACUUUCGAAAACAUGGAAUCAAACGAGGAUAAUGAUGAUAAAAUGCCUGUGCCGGACCAGCAGCCUUCAAAGGAUGUGAAAUCAACAGCUGUGGUCAAGUAUGACAUAAUGGACCAUCCUUUGAGCUUCCUCCAGCUGCAGGUCAAUACGAAUUUGAAUAAACCACCUGCCAACUGGCUCCGAAGUAGUUCAAGACUGGAGCAAUACAUCGGACAGGCAUCACAGCCAAAGGACCGCUCACGUUUCAACAGCUUCACCAUGGCUAACAAUUACCCUGACAUGGUCGGAGAAGUAGAUGUCAUCACAGAUGCUGAGAACAUCAAGAAGCUGAUGAAAAUCCCCUACAGCAAAUCUCAUGUCAGUAUGAUGGUUCACAGGGUUGGAAAUACGCUGCUUUUAGACGAGUUUGACGUCCACAAGCAUCUCCUGAGACAACAAAAAGACGACUGGCAGUGGUUAAGGAAAUUCUAUUAUGAAACAGUGUUAGAAAGUAUGCAGAAUGAUAAAAGUUUCCUCAGGAAAAACAAGAGAAGAGACAACUUACAAAACCGAAAUAUGUUUUCGAAGUUUCUUUAUUACAGUGUUGGUGACAAAGAUGACCCCGAAAAGGACAUCGAACCUCUUGAUUAUGAGGAGGAGAAUGACACGCUGUCAGGACCUGAGAGAAGUGAGUACCAGAGGACAUUGCUGUGGACAUUUGAGGACAUUCAGAUGAUGCUUGGAACUGAUUUACCAAUCUUUGGUGGAGGCACGCAUCCAUGUGUCAGUCUUAGAUUAAGGGACAUGAGAAAACCUAUCAGCGUAUUAACAGGCCUCGACUACUGGUUGGACAACCUAAUGUGCAACGUCCCAGAGCUUGCCAUGUGUUUCCACCUGAGCGGUAUUGUACAAAACUAUGAACUGAUCAAAACGGAGGAUAUUCCCAAUAUGGAUAAUUCGAAAUUUUCUCCAAAUGUCAUUAGAGAUCUAGCCCAGAAUAUAUUGUCAUUUUUGAAGUCCAAUGCUACUAAAGAAGGACAUACAUACUGGCUUUUCAAAGGUCAUGACGAUGAUAUUGUGAAGCUGUACGACCUCACAACACUGUGUUCAGACAUCAAGGAGAAUAAAAACGAGAAUCCGUUUACUAUUCCUGUCGGGAUGCUGCUGUAUCGUGUAGCGAUGAACAUCUGGGCCCAGCAGGGAAGGAAGAAGUCGGGUACUGUACGGACCCUGCUGAAAAACUCACUCCUGCUGCUGGAUGAGAGACAGCAUUCUCAGAUUGUGACUUCUGCUAAUUUCCUUCUUGCUGAAGUUUACGUGAAGGAUGACAUUUAUCAGCAGACGUUAUCAGAUGAGUCCGAGUCUGAGUCGGAAACAGAUGACAAUGAUGAUGCAGAAAAUGAUAAUUCUGAAGGACUAAAACCAGAAACUAGUGUCAAUGUCCGAACAUUGUGCCAUCCGGACACGUUGGAGAAGAAAGUGAUAGCCCCGUAUCCACCGAUAUCCGGCGAUGUUGAAGAGAGGUGUAAGGAAGCAUUGAAGCAUAUUGCUAUGGCCUUGACAUGUCUCGAUGAAGAUGUCAAGAAUCCGGUCAAGGAGCCAGAAGAGGAGCAGAAAGAAUCAAAACACUUUCACCCGAAUGAGGCAAUACCACUCCAUUACGAACCUCUGAGGCAAAACAGGCCAAAGGAAUCGACACCCGCAGAGCCCGAUAUUACAAAUGAUCCAUCGAAUCCAUUGGCCCUGGCCCAGAGCUGUCACACCCCGAUUCACACCUGGCAUCAUACGAGUAAAGUCCAUCUCCUGUACAAGGCCGCCUUGGUUUAUUACUGGCUGGCUGACAGUAGGAUGAAGCUAUUGAAAUUUGGGCGUGCGCUCAGACUUGUCAAGACUGGUCUGAUCUGUUUCGAGGCCCUGAAGUCAAUGUCCCCAGCAAGGGGUGAGCAGAAUCAGAGCCUGCUGGCAGCACUCCUUGGCAUGGCUGGUGACGCCCACGUGAUGAUAGCAAGAGAAAAUAAGAACAUUGAGCUGCAUAAAGAACUGUUUAACUACGCAUCGGAGCAGGAUAGCGCCGUUAUUUGUAGCGCCCAAAAAGAUACAAGAGAUUAUGAAGCAGGCUUCCAAAUGGUCAGCGACUUCACCUGCGCCUCUGAACAGAAUCUAGUGCGAGGCUGUCAGUGCUAUGAAGCAGCAUUAGGACUGUUUAACAAGAUGGAGGGAGACGCUUCCAGGAAAGCUAACAUUAUCAAAAGAUAUGGGAAUGUCAGGAAUGAACUUGGUGUGCAUUAUAUGAACCAGGCAGCUGCACUGGCUCAGGAAAAAGGAUCAGGUGACGCUUGCCCUUGGAAGGACCUCUGGACGCAGAGUUUCAGUAGCUUUCAAAGCGGAAUUCAGGCCUUUGAGAUGAUUAAUGACACAAUAAACAUUGCAUUACUCUACUCAAACCAGGGACGUCUCAUGAGGAUCUGUGCUCAAACCUCUGUCGAUUACAUCGAUGGAAAACGAAACGAAUUCAGUGGCCAGGAAAAGAUGUAUUAUACGAAAGCUGUUGACUACUACCAAGAUGCCUUGCAGUCGUUACAUUCCCGUAAUCACAGCCAACCCGAAGUGUGGGACUCAAUAACAUGGGAUCUAUCAAGUACAUACUUCACCAUGGCAACACUGAUGCAGGACUAUGCACCUUUGUCUUCGCAGUCUCAAGAGCAGGUUGAGAAGGAUGUUACGGAUCUCAUGCUAAAGGCCCUAAAAUAUUGUGAUGUGGAUACUCCAACCAUGAAACAGCCAUCCUACCAGUAUCGAGCUGCUACCAUUCAUUAUAGACUUGCCUCGCUCUAUCACAAUGCAUUUCGAAACCAGUCAAAUGAUCAGAAAAAGAAACAUUUGAAAACCUUAGCAGAGCUUCAUUAUGGGAAAGCUGGUCGCUUCUAUCUCAUUGUAGAAAGCCCCUGCGAACUGCUCAGGGUACAACUAGAGAAGGUUGCAAUGACUGAAUUUGUCCUAAACAAUCAAACUAGUCCGAACAGCAAGCAGAGAACUCUGCUAUCCGCUCUCCAACACGUGAUCAGUUGUCAAAAAGCUUUUGAACUUGUACGCCAGCAGUGCGACGACAACACAGAUGACCUGGCUUCUUACGAGGAGGAGUUGCAGAAAUUGCUCACGAUCUAUGAGUCCAGGCUUCAGUUUAUUCUGCUCAACCUUGUGAGGAUUACAAGUUCAUUGAAAAAAAGCAAAACCACUGAGCUUCACUUGGCCAACUAUAAAAAGAUGUAUGCAACAUCGCUUCGGAAGGUGGAACCACUUGCAGAUUCCUCAAAUCAAACCACAAUACAUCAGCAUUGUAAUCACCUAAGUGCUAUUACGGAUGAUAUUAAAGACAUUUAUGUGAUCAUCGACCCUGGGUACCGGUCAUCGCUAACAUAGCAUGAAGGAAAGGAUAUAAAAUUUGUGUGCCUAAAAUUGGAAAAAUGUGACCCGUCACAGCAAAACCAGGCGCAUGUCGCUCUGAACUUGGCAGGUUGAGACGAACUGUUUGUUCAUUUCUCUGUUGUCUGCCUUUUGUGAAAUAUGAACUCAUCAAUUUCUUCCAUUAUCUUGUGUCAUUUAGGCUCAUCUUCUGUGAACAUGCAGCUGGUUUUGCUGUGACGGGUCACAAAUGUGUUUUGGGGCAUCGUCCUCUGAAGCAUUUUCUGAAUGUUUAAGAUGGUAAAAGCUGCUCCAAAAUAAAUUUAAAAGACAUCACUAGUCAAUUUGGUCAUUAUUACACAAAAAGUAUUUUUGAUAUGAAACACAAAAACACAGAAAACACAGAAAAACAAACCCAAAUUAGGAAAGCAGAAUGUGUCCCAAAUGUCUGAUGGAAAAGUGAAAAAGGAAAAAUGGAAAUCAUAUUAUCAUGAUGCCUUUUCUAUCCUAGUCAAAUUUGUUUUAUUCUCCAAGUUCUAACUAAACAUUUUGUUUUGAUAAAAGAAUUUGAUGAGCUACACAAUUGGGUGCAUUUCAGUGGACUUGUCGCCGUAAGUGGAGCACAUUGUAUAAACCUGGUUAAGUUUGUAUCAGAGAGUAUGUACAAACAGUCAACAGUCCAUCCAACUUAUCAAAAUCAUGUUAACAACUCCACUCGAAAGUGUUAGAGCGAUAAUCUACUGAUUAGCAUGUACAUGUAAAUUACCACCUAAAAGGGCAAAGACCAUUGUUCUACUGUUACUUUAUAUUAAUAGCUGAUAUGUUUUAAGGCACAAACGCAAUAGCAGUCCAGAGCUGCCUCCCCACACAUAUUUGGGGGGAACUUUACACGUUGCAAGGCCUGUUUACAUUCAACUCAGUGAAAAUUGUUUUAAAAUCAUGCCUAAAAUCAUCAGAAAACCCAGAAAUUACACUUUUUGUUGCUGAUUUAAACGUUUUCACCAAGGGUUUUAUACAUUGCCAGAUUUCAGGCUAGGGAACUCUGCCAGUCAGGUAUAUCUAAUCAGUUUGGCGUGUGUGUGUGUGAGGGUGGGGGGUGGGGGCUUCACAUAUGCAUUCAGGGAGAGAAAGUGACUAGGCCUAGAUAGCAAAGGUGCUUUGUUUUUAACUGACUCAACCUGUUUACAUCACGAGGGGCUCAGAUCAGGAAAGAGGGGAAUUAGUCAAAUGAGAGAGUGCAUCUGAUCAGCUUGUAACUCACUUGCCUGGGCUAGGUUGGUCAGAAUAUUCGAGCUGAAAUGAUUUUAACAAGAUCAAAAUAUUUUAUGAAAGAAUUCAUG